CAAUAUUUGUAUGAAAGGAGGAAGAAGAAUACGAUAUUGAUGACAUAUAGACAUAUGUUGUUUUUGUAAUGCUUUGUCGCAAUUUCGAAUAGUUCUUUAUAUCAUAAAAAGUACUAUUGAGCCAGUAUUAGUUUACAUAGUUAUAGCUGAGUAAUUUCACAAGAAUAAUGGCCGAUCAGCAGCAGUUUUUCCUGAAAUGGAACGAUUUCCAAAGUAAUAUGGUGUCGUCCUUUAAACAUCUGAGGGAUGAGAAGAGUUUUACGGACGUAACGUUGGCCUGCGAGGGGCAAACCUGCAAAGCUCAUAAAAUGGUGCUUUCGGCGUGUAGUCCAUACUUCAAAAGUUUAUUGGAGGAAAAUCCAUCAAAACACCCGAUCAUAAUACUGAAAGAUGUGGCUUAUAGCCAUUUGCAAUCGAUCCUGGAAUUCAUGUACGCUGGGGAAGUGAAUGUCAGCCAGGAACAACUCCCCGCCUUUCUUAAGACUGCAGAUAGACUUAAAGUGAAGGGACUUGCCGAAGCCCCACAGGCCAUCAAGAGGGAAUAAAACGUUUACUUAAGCUUGAGAGGUCGAGGAAAGACGCAAAAUGAUAUUCAUAUUAAAUAGCACAAAACGGAUUUUUUGAUACGAUUUAUUAGCUGGUAUUCUGACGCAAAUGGACAAAGUGAAUAAUUCUUUGCCAGUUACAGUAUCAAAUUUAUUGCCGAUAACAUUCAUGUUAUGGUCUUUAUUGUGUGAUAAUCUUCAACAAUAGUGUUAUUUGCAGCACAAACCUCUUAUAGAGGCAUGAAUCUUCUAUCUAUUUCAUUUGCCUCCAAUCAUGCAUUUAACGGGUUUAAUUUUCAAUUAUUUAGUGCUAUUUUGUGUGCAUAUGGUUGGUUAUCUGAUUGUUUUAGUAGUCUUUCGUUUGUAGGUAUAUUAAUGUUCUACCUAAUAUUAAGCCACUUUAAAUUCGUUUUUCACUGUUUGUCAUUCACUUUAUUGACCGGCUGAAUUAUUUUCGGUACUGCCAUCUACUCAUGAUGAUUUUUUUAAUUGAAUUUGAUAUUUUUUCGUUAUUAACGCAGCUUGUAUGGUAAGUAGAUAGCAGCCCCGACCAUUGAAAUGUUAGAGCAAUUUUUAGGCAUUUGUAUAUUGAAAUGUGUGGUUGAAAUGUGGGGGUUUUAAAACAUCCUUUAUUGAGUCCUUAUUUAAAAGUAAAUUUUUUUAGUUUCCAAAUUAGAGCAGUGCUAUUUGUUUCAUUUAUUGCUUUGGAUCAGUUGCUUGAAGCAAACUUGACUUAAUUUCGCAUGAAAUGCUGGAUAUUAAACAAUUUUUUCAGACGUCCACUUUUUAAAUAGUUGAUGGUUUUAGGAUUAUCGGCGAGUGCAACCGGCUGGUUAAUCAAUUUCGUUAUUGUAAUUAGUUAAGAUUAUUUAAUAAUAGGUAUUUGCUCCCGAUGCAGGACGAACUACAAAAGUACAGUUGUUUCUAUACAUGGCCCUCAGUCGACGCAUAACUUUUAAGUGUUAAAAUGAAUAAUCAGACUUCUUUAUUAUAUUUAUUCUUAUUUUAAAACUUUUGUAGUUUGUUCCUUGUGUUGCGAAAUAUGGAAAUGUAAUGCCGAACCGGCAGCCCUGUUUUUGAACCAGUGUGGAAAUAUAUGAAGAUUUUUUAUGAAGGAUAAA